GGAGGAAGAUGGCGGGAGGGCGGCUCUGAGGAGACCUCGGCGGCGGCGGAGGAGGAGAGAAGCGCAGCUUCGCGCAGCGCCGGGGCCCAUGUGGGGAGGAGUCGGAGUCGCUGUUGCCGCCGCCGCCGCCUGUAGCUGCCGGAGCCGGGUGGGAGUGAGGGGGACGCGGCAGGAUGAAGUUCGCCGAGCACCUCUCCGCGCACAUCACUCCCGAGUGGAGGAAGCAGUACAUCCAGUAUGAGGCAUUCAAGGAUAUGCUGUAUUCAGCUCAGGACCAGGCACCUUCUGUUGAAGUUACAGAUGAGGAUACAGUUAAGAGAUAUUUUGCCAAGUUUGAAGAAAAGUUUUUCCAAACCUGUGAAAAGGAACUUGCCAAAAUCAACACAUUUUAUUCAGAGAAGCUGGCGGAGGCUCAGCGCAGGUUUGCUACACUUCAGAAUGAACUUCAAUCAUCCCUGGAUGUGCAGAAAGAAAGCACUGGUGUCACAACAUUGCGACAACGCAGAAAGCCAGUGUUCCACCUGUCCCACGAGGAGCGUGUCCAACAUAGGAAUAUUAAAGACCUUAAGCUGGCCUUCAGCGAGUUCUACCUCAGUCUCAUCCUGCUGCAGAACUAUCAGAAUCUGAAUUUUACAGGGUUUCGAAAAAUCCUUAAAAAGCAUGACAAGAUCCUGGAAACAUCUCGUGGAGCAGACUGGCGAGUGGCUCACGUAGAGGUGGCCCCAUUUUAUACAUGCAAGAAAAUCAACCAGCUCAUUUCUGAGACUGAGGCUGUGGUCACCAAUGAACUUGAAGAUGGCGACAGACAAAAGGCUAUGAAGCGAUUACGGGUCCCUCCAUUGGGAGCUGCUCAGCCUGCACCAGCAUGGACUACUUUUAGAGUUGGCCUAUUUUGUGGAAUAUUCAUUGUGCUGAAUAUUACCCUUGUGUUUGCAGCUGUAUUUAAACUUGAAACAGAUAGAACUGUAUGGCCCUUGAUAAGAAUCUAUCGGGGUGGCUUUCUUCUGAUUGAAUUCCUUUUUCUACUGGGCAUCAACACAUAUGGUUGGAGACAAGCUGGAGUAAAUCAUGUCCUCAUCUUUGAACUUAAUCCAAGAAACAAUUUGUCUCAUCAGCAUCUCUUUGAGAUUGCUGGAUUCCUGGGGAUAUUAUGGUGCCUGAGCCUUCUGGCAUGCUUCUUUGCUCCAAUUAGUAUCGUCCCUAUCUAUGUGUACCCACUUGCCCUUUAUGGGCUUAUGGGCUUCUUUCUUAUCAACCCCACCAAAACUUUCUACUACAAAUCCAGAUUUUGGCUGCUUAAACUUCUGUUUCGAGUAUUUACUGCUCCCUUCCAUAAGGUAGGCUUUGCUGAUUUCUGGCUGGCCGAUCAGCUGAACAGCCUGUCAGUGAUUCUCAUGGACUUGGAAUAUAUGAUCUGCUUCUACAGUUUUGAGCUUAAAUGGGAUGAGAGUAAGGGCCUGUUGCCAAAUGAUCCACAAGAACCAGAAUUUUGCCACAGAUAUACAUACGGUGUGCGAGCCAUUGUUCAGUGCAUUCCCGCUUGGCUUCGCUUCAUCCAGUGCCUGCGCCGGUACCGUGACACAAGAAGAGCCUUUCCUCAUCUAGUAAAUGCUGGCAAAUACUCCACAACAUUCUUUACCGUGACGUUUGCAGCCCUUUACAGCACUCACAAAGAGCGAGGUCACUCUGACACCGCAGUGUUCUUUUACCUGUGGGUCGUCUUUUGUAUCGUUAGUUCCUGCUACACUCUCAUCUGGGAUCUCAAGAUGGACUGGGGUCUCUUUGAUAAGAAUGCAGGAGAAAAUACUUUCCUCCGGGAAGAAAUUGUAUACCCUCAAAAAGCCUAUUACUACUGUGCCAUCGUAGAAGAUGUGAUUCUGCGCUUCGCUUGGACUAUCCAAAUCUCUAUUACUGCUACGACUUUUAAGCCUCAUCUUGGGGACAUCAUUGCUACUGUCUUUGCCCCCCUUGAGGUUUUCCGGCGAUUUGUAUGGAACUUCUUCCGCCUAGAGAACGAACAUCUAAAUAACUGUGGUGAAUUCCGAGCCGUGCGGGACAUCUCUGUGGCCCCCCUCAACGCGGAUGACCAGACACUACUUGAGCAGAUGAUGGACCAGGAGGAUGGGGUGCGAAACCGCCAGAAGAACCGGUCGUGGAAGUACAACCAGAGCAUAUCCCUGCGCCGGCCUCGCCUGGCUUCCCAAUCCAAGGCUCGUGACACUAAGGUACUGAUAGAAGACACAGAUGAUGAAGCUAACACUUGAAUUCGCUGAAGUCUAGAGUAACAUCCUUGGUUUUCUACUCUACAAUCCUUUCCUCGACCAACGCAACCUCCAGCACCUUUUUCCAGCUGAGAACAGGAGAAAACAGAGCGCGUCCCGGGCUCUGCAGAUCGGGUCCUAUGGACUCCGAGCAAGCUCACCGUGUCUCGUGUCUUUUCUUCUGGUGUAAUCUUCAUUUUCUAUUUUUAAAACAAAUACUUCAUUUUGCCAAUCAGAAGAUGUUUUAAGGAACAAAAACCUAAUAUCUUAUGGAUUGUUUACAAUCACAAAGAUACAGAUGCCCAUCAGGAUGAAGAACAGCGUGGGAAGGAACCUCUGAGGCCCAGCGCUGGUAACUCAGCCUCACCAGGCAGUUUUGACUGUUUGAAACCGGACACCGGUUUUUAAAUUUUCCGUCAGUUUCUAUGGAGAGUUUUUCCCUUCCUUCAUAGCCGGCGCAGAGGCACUGGCAGCACUUGCAGGGAAAGUGCAGCUUGGAGCGGCACCUCCUCCACAAAGCUACUUUUAAUUUGAUGUGACUUUUCUCAUCCAGGGAGGGUUUCGGGUGGGUGGGGAAUAUGAUGUGUUUGUUACAUACAGUUUCUCAUUAUUUAUGAAACGUAACCAUAAAUGAAUGCUACUCCUGUGAAGGGAGGCAGGGGGAACUGAGGUUGGCUGGCAUUGCUGAGGGUCAGGCCCACACACCUCUUUCAGGAAACAACUUGUACCAGUUUGAUUUUUUUUUCCCUUAUUUGUUUUAACUUUAAACCAAAGUUUUAUUGCUCGAUUUUAAGUUGCUGCUCUAGAGUUCCAGCAUCACUGUCAUGACUAGCUGUCCCACUUGUGUCCCAGGGGAGGACAUUCAGAGAAAAGGUUCUGACAGUUGUUUCUUUAGGAGUGGGUGCAGUCACAAAAAUGACAUUUUGCCAUGUGCUUCUGCAUGUAGGAGAAUUAUAAUCUUUACUGAUCAAAUGGAAAGAAAGGCCCAUUUCAGACUCUUCACACUUUAUUAUAGAUGUUUCCCCUUCUGGCCUCAUCUACUUCAGCCAGAAUCUGAUCAAAUUAAAAAGUCUUUUGUGGAGACUGUAUUUCUGAGCAUCUAGAACAAAUUCUUCCUCCUUUAUAUUCAUUGACACAAAAGAUCUUGGUGGCCAUUUUUAAACACAGCUGUAUUAAAAGGUGACGUUGAAUUUUACAACACCCCUCCCAUGGCCUGCUUUUAAAUUCGAGGCCUCUAAAUCUGGUCAUACUUUUAAAAUUAUAUUUCUUAGAAAAUUCUGGGUGUAAAUACCUGCUUUAUUCUUUAUCUCACUCCCUUCAUAAAUUCUGUAGAGAAGCCUGAAGACACGCAGCAUCUGACUUUCUUGAAAAUGAUUGGUUUUAAAUUUGGUAUUCGUCAGCACAAGGGUGUAGCUCAUUGGUUGUAGUGACUACCCAGCAUUCCUGAGACCCUUGAUUUUCUCUCCAGCACCCGUCAGGGUGGAGAAACAGCCAUUAUUCAGGAAAAUUAAUAUAAAUACCAGGAAAAGGUAAAUGGCCCCACCCCUCAGGUCUAGAUGAAAGUCCCACGUAGGAGAGUCACACGCGUUCACUCAGGUGUGCCCUUGUCAGGUUAACUGUAGACAGAGAAACUGGUGACUAGGGAAAGGAACAGCAUUAACAAUUACGUUGUUUUAUAACUUGGCUACUGGCCCUUAACUCUCACCUUGUCGUUAGUUCCUCCUGCGCAUCAAACCUUUACUCAUUAAAGUUACAGCACUGCUAAAAUCCUACCAAUUAACUCAUCAACUUCCGUUUACAAAGUUUCUUCCAUUUUUAUUCUGACAAAGUUCCUUUUUUUUCCUCCUUUCUGGAUUGAGAUUUUUAACACCACCUCCCCCCAAAAAUACUCACUCAAUGUUGUAGGUUCUGUUGCUUUUUGUGUUUUGCCAAGCAUGUCCCUUGCCCCAAAACUAAAGAGCAAACGUUUAUUUAAAAUAAAAACAAAACUAUAAAUAAAUUGUAUACUUUAUAAUAAUCAGUGGUAACAAUUUAGAGACCCUUGGUAGAUUAAAGGUUGCAUUAUUUCUUUUUAGAUUUUUUUUUCUUUACUAUUCUGGGGUUUUGUACUUUAAAGCUGGGGAUAGAUUUCACUGGAUUCUGAGGUAAUAGCAGUAAUGAUUAGGAAUAUGUAGAAAAGUUCAGUGACCAGUCAUUUCUUGUACAAAUAAAAUCAGUGGUACUGUA